AUCCACGCUUUGCUUAUGUCACCACUACGCAUGCGCCAUGCAAGGAGGGACGCGCUUUCGGGGGAAGGGCAGGGGUGGGCCUUGGCCGGGGUCUCACCGCGACUGCGCGGAAGGGAGCCGGACUGUAACAUGGCGACUUGCGCUGAAAUCCUGCGGAGCGAGUUUCCCGAAAUUGACGGACAGGUCUUCGACUACGUAACCGGCGUCUUGCACAGCGGCAGCGCGGACUUCGAGUCCGUGGACGACCUGGUGGAAGCUGUGGGGGAACUGUUGCAAGAGGUGUCCGGGGACAGCAAGGAUGACGCGGGCAUCAGAGCCGUGUGUCAGCGCAUGUACAACACUCUGCGCCUGGCUGAGCCGCAGAGCCAGGGAAACAGCCAGGUGCUGCUGGACGCCCCCAUCCAGUUGUCAAAGAUCACGGAGAACUACGACUGUGGCACCAACCUUCCAGGGCUGCUGAAGAGGGAACAGUCCUCGACAGUGAAUGCAAAGAAGCUAGAGAAGGCUGAGGCUCGACUAAAGGCAAAGCAGGAGAAACGUUCAGAGAAGGACACACUCAAGACCAGCAACCCUCUAGUCUUGGAAGAGGCAUCAGCCAGCCAGGCAGGCAGCAGAAAGGAGAGUCGGUUGGAAUCAUCUGGCAAGAACAAAUCCUACGAUGUGCGAAUUGAGAACUUUGACGUGUCUUUUGGCGAUAGGGUGCUGCUGGCUGGUGCAGAUGUGAACCUGGCAUGGGGCCGCCGCUAUGGGCUAGUGGGCCGGAAUGGGCUGGGGAAGACAACACUGUUGAAGAUGCUGGCCACCCGGAGCCUGCGAGUCCCAGCCCAUAUUUCCCUGCUGCACGUAGAGCAGGAGGUUGCUGGAGAUGACACCCCUGCCCUGCAGAGUGUGCUGGAGAGUGACACUGUACGAGAAGACCUCCUGCAGCGAGAGCGGGAGCUCAGUGCCCAGGUUGCUGCUGGCAGGGCUGAGGGCUCAGAAGCUGCACAGCUGGCAGAAAUCUAUGCCAAACUGGAGGAGAUUGAGGCUGACAAGGCACCUGCCAGGGCAUCAGUCAUUCUUGCUGGACUUGGCUUUACCCCUAAAAUGCAGCAGCAGCCUACCCGGGAGUUCUCAGGUGGCUGGAGGAUGAGACUGGCCCUGGCCCGGGCCCUGUUUGCUAGGCCAGAUCUUCUGCUGUUAGACGAACCCACAAACAUGCUGGAUGUAAGGGCCAUCCUAUGGCUGGAGAAUUACCUGCAGACGUGGCCCUCCACAAUUCUGGUCGUCUCCCACGACCGAAACUUCCUGAAUGCCAUAGCCACAGACAUCAUCCACCUGCACAGCCAGCGGCUAGAUGGCUACCGGGGAGACUUUGAGACCUUUAUCAAAAGCAAGCAGGAGCGACUACUCAACCAGCAGCGUGAAUAUGAGGCACAGCAGCAGUAUCGCCAGCAUAUCCAGGUUUUCAUUGACCGGUUCCGCUACAAUGCCAACAGAGCCUCUCAAGUACAGAGUAAACUCAAGAUGCUGGAGAAGCUGCCAGAGCUGAAACCCGUGGACAAGGAGCUGGAGGUAGUGAUGAAGUUCCCUGAUGGGUUUGAGAAGUUCUCACCACCAAUUCUGCAACUAGAUGAGGUGGAUUUCUACUAUGACCCUAAACACGUUAUCUUCAGCCGUCUCUCCGUCUCUGCUGAUCUUGAAUCCCGCAUCUGUGUGGUUGGGGAGAAUGGGGCUGGGAAGUCUACCAUGCUGAAGCUGCUUAUGGGGGACCUAACACCUGUUCGAGGCAUCAGACAUGCUCACCGGAAUCUGAAGAUUGGCUAUUUCAGCCAGCACCACGUGGAACAGCUGGACCUGAACGUCAGUGCUGUGGAGCUGCUGUCACGCAAGUUUCCUGGACGGCCUGAGGAAGAGUAUCGUCACCAGCUCGGCCGGUAUGGCAUCUCUGGAGAACUGGCUGUGCGCCCUGUUGCCAGCUUGUCUGGGGGCCAGAAGAGCCGGGUAGCCUUUGCUCAGAUGACUAUGCCCUGCCCCAACUUCUACAUUCUGGAUGAACCCACAAACCACCUGGAUAUGGAGACAAUUGAGGCUCUUGGCCGUGCUCUCAACAGUUUCAGGGGUGGCGUGAUUCUGGUAUCCCACGAUGAGCGCUUCAUCAGGCUGGUGUGCCAGGAGUUGUGGGUGUGCGAAGGAGGCGGCGUCACCCGGGUCGAGGGGGGAUUUGACCAGUACCGUGCUCUUCUCCAGGAACAGUUCCGCCGUGAGGGCUUCCUCUAGGCCCAACAAGCUGAGGGCUGUGCCCAGGACAUGGACUGGUCUCCCAGACCCCUGGGCCACCAUGUAGGCCACGGACCUCCCCUGACUUUGGGGACAGCCUUAUUCCCAAAUCUCUCCUUUUGACUGGAGCAUGCUCUGCACAAUCCAGAGAACCACAUCUUAGGGUCUGUGAGGACUGGUCUUCUAAGUGGAAGGGGUAGGAGGGUACCCUCUGGGGUUAUAGUUCCUCCACUGCCCCAGCUCUGACUGGGCCCCAAGUGGCUGCUGUGUAAAUUAAAUCUUCUUGCCUCAUCUCUGCUGUUCCCUGGCAGGGCUGCAGUGUGUUAA